AUGCUGUCCCUGAUCUGGACGGUCUUUUUUGUGCACGUUGCCAUCUAUUUGGUCAACACCAUCGGUGCCAGCACAAUCGAUAAUCUGCUCAUCUCUUUUCUCGUCCUGCAGCUAUGGAUUCUCUACGUGAAACUCCCAACUCCGACCUCGAAUAAGGCGCGCGAAGCGAACCGACUGAAACGCGAAGCUCUCCAGCUAAAGCGGGAAAUGAACAACACCAGCUCCCAGGAUGAAUUUGCCAAGUGGGCCAAGCUUCGAAGACGACACGACAAGACUAUGGAGGAAUACGAGGAAAUGACUCUACAUGUCCAUGUGAAAGAACCCGGGACGAUCUCCGCAAGAUGGGAUGCUAAUCCAGGACACGAAACCCAAACAGAUAAGGCACUAUCGGCACAGAACUCCUCCUUCGAAUGGAGCGUCAAAAUUGCACGAUGGCUGAGCACGAACGGAUUAAAAAUCUUCCUGCAAUUCUGGUAUUCGAAAACCCCCGUGUUUGCCCUUCCAGAGGCCUGGGUCCCCUACUACGUCGCAUGGAUCUUGUCGUUCCCGAGAGCGCCAAUGGGCUCGGUCAGCAUCCAGGUCUGGAGCAACGUGUGCGCAACGGCGAUUUCGGCUUUGGCAGAGAUUGUCACAAUCGUGGGACAGGCGGCGAUUAGGAAAGGACGCCCUGCUCCAGCGGCGACGGCUCAGAAGACGAAAUGA